GAACCUUCUUUUCUCUUGUCCAAGACAAGACCGACUCUUCUUCCUCCUCUCUCCUCCUUGUGUUCCCCUCUUGUUUGAAAUAUUCUCCUGUAACAAUAGAUAGAGGAGGGGAAAAUAUACCUCCUUAACAAUUUUGUACAGCUCGCUCAGGUGUGGCGAUUCUUUUUCAUAACCAAAAAAAAUCCAAAAAUCUCAAGGAAGAAAAGAGAAAAUGAAGCAAAACGGUUUUGCUGCCUAUGAGGAGAGGAGAGCCUCUGUCGCCAUCUCUGUCCCAAGUUCAAUUGUUCCAGAUUUCACCACUCAUGGGAGAGAGAGGGAGAGGGAAACUGUUGUUUGCCCUAAACCAAGGCGAGUUGGAGGCCUUAAUCCGGCUAUGGCUGACCCUAUCAGACCUCUUCGAUGGCAUGUGAGCCAUCAGCAGGAGGUUUGUGAUGCAAAAGCUGGAGCUGAGUUGUUGGAUAUCAUCCUUGCAAAGGGUGGUUAUGGCACGGAACAACCAUCAUGUACACAGGCAGCCUCGUCGCCCCCAUUUUUUAGUGGGUCACCGCCGAGCAGAGUAUCUAACCCAUUAAUUCAGGAUGCUCGAUUUGGUGAUGAAAGGGUCACCCCAGUUUCCCCUCGUGCGAUUCCGAUUCCCUCCGGUUUGGCAUCGUCCCCGUCCUCAUCCGCCAGGAAAUCCGGCGGGUGCGUCCGGGCGAAUUUUGGCAACAAUCCGGCUGUGAGAAUUGAGGGGUUUGAUUGCCUGGACAGGGAUCGCAGGAAUUGCAGCAUCCCUGCUCUGGCUUAGAUAAUAAGAAUUUGUUUUCCCUAAACAAGUCCAAUUCAUCCAAGAUCGAGUAUCCAAAAGCAAAAAAGAUAUUUGAGAAAGUACAUAUUAGAGAGCAAAGUUUGGAAUACUUCUACUACUAUUGAUUAGCAUCAGCAGCAGCAGCAGCAGAAGAGAAGAAUUUUGAAGAGUUUCACGAAAUCAAGAAUUGAGGAAGUGAACGAGAGGUCGUUAGAUCCUUUUUUGGUCUUGUGUAAAUAUGUUUGAAAAAGGGUCUGCAAGUGUAUAUUGUUAAUGCGUCUGGUUUCCUUUUUUUUUUUUUUUUGUAAGUAUAAGAUCUGAGUUGUUAUUAACCAAAAGGGUCCAUCUGCAGGAGUAAUUUUAUGAAGGUCUGCUUUUAGAUAAGAGAUCAGUGAUCUGGAGGGGUAGAGCCCUCUUGAUCAUGGUGAUGUAAGUAUUGAGGAGAUGAUGAGAGGGGUUUGAAUUUGAUUACUACUAAAAAAAUUCGUUGUCCAUUUUGGGGUCGUUUUGAGAAUUUCCAAGGGCGGCUUUCUGGUGAGAAUCUGUAAAAACCAAGUGUUGUGGGUGUUAUCGAGUCGUCUAUGCAGUCCAUUCACUUUGUAAAUAUAUAUGUAUGUUAUAAAUAUAUAAUUUUCUUCCGGCAA